UGCUGCACACUGAUUUGGAAAGAAAAAAGAAGAGAAGAGCAAGACGGAGACAAAAAUGAAUGCGCAGAAGCAGACAUCAGAAAUUCUGAGUGAGGAAGAGUUGGAGAGGAUGAAGGAAGAGAGAGAAAGAAUUGAGGCCAAGCACCAGGAAUUGAGGGAACGCCAGGUCCGGGACCGCUUCUCCCCACCUGACGUGGAGGAUGAUGACCUUGACCCCAACUACGCCCGCAUCAACAACUUCAGGGAGCGCGGAUCACCUUCCCAGCCACGCUACGGGAACCGCAGCCCUUCCCCGCAGAGACCCCCGCCCCCAGUGUCCCACAGCAGAGAGCCAUCCGCAGAAGACCCUCUGGACGGCCUGUACGCCAAAGUCAACAAACAGCGAAGCCCUCCACCUCCUGCUGCAGACUGCAGUAUGGACCGUAUCCAGCAGCUGAGGAGGGAGUAUCUUCAGGCUCGUAGAGAGGGAGCAGCUCCAGCCUAUGAGGAACUGGAGGCCCGACGGAGAGGACCAGAGUACGACCAGCACAGAAUGCCAAUGAGAAACCCUGACCCCAGACUGACACCCCGCUAUGAGGACGUCGAGCGACAGUACGCCUCCCUGCCCAGAAGAGCACCAGUCGAACCUAAUGAGUAUCCCGUGCAGCCGUGGGCUGGACACAGGGACCCAACACACUACCCAAACCCACAGCCCGGCUACCACCCCAGCUACCCUCCCAGAGAUAACUACCCUCGCUCUGUGGACCCUCGGCAGAACGACUCAGGGUUCUAUCACCAUCCUCCACAGCAGAGAGGCCCGCUUCGACAGGACGUGCCCCCAUCUCCCACCAUACCCCUCCGAGGCCCUCGCUUCGACACCAUGAACCGUGGCGGCUACCGCAACACCAGCCCAGAGCGCUACGCAUACGGAGAGCCACGACACUCAGACCCAAGACAGAAAAGUCCAAUGACGGCAGCUGUUUAACCUCAACGUGUUUUUCACCUUGUGUACGAUGUUUCUAGAGCAAGCACCAUUGUGCCUACAUUUAUGGACAGGUGUUUACAUGUUUUUUUUACUAACAGUUUGCUCUAUACUAUCUCAUCUUGAUAGCCAAUGCUACAUCUUAGAGUCCUGACACAGCAUUUGCAGGGACAAUGUUCCAUAUAUAACUCACUCCCACUCAGACGGUCCCUCCAUAUGUUUGUGCGUCUGUAAGAUUAAUGCUGGCCUUCAGAUCCAGAUAUAAACACAUUCCAGCACCACUUUUAUUAGCACAUUAUUGUAUAAUCUUUACAAUGAUCAUUUAAAAUUGUGGUAUGUGUGCACCAAUGUGUGUCUGCUUGUGCUUACGUGAAAUAUUUUAGAGCACUCCAUAUACUCUUUGAAUUUAACUUUUAUAUAAUGGAAGGAUAUUAAACCACUGUACGAGAUGCAGAUCAACAUCUUCAAAUGUUUUUUAAACCGAUUUGGUCAUGAAUAACAAAAAAGUACAAUAAUUUCAUACUGAAAAUCUUAGUCUUGAAUAUUUUGUCAAAAAAACACAGUACAGCUGUCCUGUAUGUGAAGUCAUAUAAUCAGAGAAAGAUGAAGAAAAAGAGAUUGUUUUUUAGGAAGAGGAAAGGAGAGUCCAGAGAACCUCUGACACAGAGGAAGGAUGAGAACCACUCGUCUUCCUGGGCUUAUAACGUUCCCACCUAAAUCCACACUUAUGAAUGGGCUGCCUCUCAUUUGUUUUAAGAUUCUUUACUUUUUUGAUAGUAUUUCAUUCAAGUUUAAUGAUUUCACAUGUAUUUUGGUACAAAAGACUCUCUCUGCAUUCAGAGGUCAGGUAACAUGAUAAAUAAAAGUAUUAUUGAUUGUAGUACGUGAAACACGUAUGUAACUUUUUACAAAACAGAAUUAUCUUUGCACCUAGUAUCACUGCAUACAUUAAUACUAUGUACAAAAUGUUGUCUUUUAUAUAACACAUUUUCAAUAAA